AUGGAAAUGACAACGACGAUAUUCAAAUGGACGCGUGCACUUUCUCGCGAUGGUUUUACGACCUCAAAUUUGUACUUUUCUCAAUUGCACGAAUCAUCGUAUUACGUAAAACGAAUCGUACGACCGCAUUACAUCGCAGUUAUAUCUAAUUACGACGCUAUCAAUGAAUUCUCUUUAGCGACAAAUACAUUCGAUAUGUCCUUUGCCGCCUGGUUAGUAUUAUUUAUUUACAAGGGGCGCGGUUUCGAUUAUUGUCACAGUCCGCCAGGUAAUAUAUUUCAUUUAAAAUUCAACUCGGAAAUGUUAGUACGUUGUGGCACAGAAAAUAUUUUACGUGAAUGGUACUCGAUCGAUUCUAAUCGAACCGAGAUAGAUGAUUUAACAAUUUGGAAUUUAGAAAAUGGUAUGACCAAAGUUGUAAAGGAUUCUCUUUACGAUAGAAGAUAUAAUUUGCACGGUUUGACCAUGAGGGCAGUUAUAGUCAAGGACUCGCCGUUCGUAAAUGUUAAUGAGAAUAACGAAUUAGAAGGAACAUUUGGCAAAACAUUAAAAGAACUUUCCGUAACUCUUAAUUUUAGUUUGAAAAUCGUCUCGAGCGUAGACGAGUACGGAAUAUGGAAUUCAGAAAAAAAUACAUGGUCAGGAGCAAUCGGAGAGAUAUAUUCAGGACGAGCUGACAUUUCUAUAUCAGAUUUUUCUAUGACCAGUGCAAGAUUGAACGUCGUAGAUUUUACCUUUCCUCUUAUUUUCACGAAACAUUGUAUUUACAUCAAAGAACCAAAUAAAUUCACGAUCAAAUGGUCAUCAUAUUUUCAAACUUUCUCCUAUACCAUUUGGAUUGCCAUAUUUGGAAUAUUAACUUUUGCAACGAUCGUAUUAAUUUUUCUCAAAAUAAAAAUUGGUACGGAUCAUAACAUUGGACAAUUAUUAUCUUAUAAAUUUCUAAAGAUUUGGGGUAUAUUCUGUCAACAGGGAUUGGCAGACUUUCCAGAUAGAUCAUCGUUAAGAAUAGCAUAUUUCUCUAUAUUUCUUUUGGCUGUUGUCUUAUCGGCCGCUUAUUCUGCCGCUUUGAUAAGCUUUUUAACAUCUGCUGUCUCCGUCUUACCCUUUCAUUCGUUAGAGGGCUUAAUCGAAGACGGCACUUAUCAAUUUAUUGUCUUUCGUGGUGCGGCUGAUUAUGAUAUAUUUACACACGCGAGGGAUCCAUUUGCAAAGAAAUUGAUAAAGUUGAUACCGGAAGAAAACAAAUUGCCAUUAACUAUCAAGGAAGGAUUUGAAAGAGUUUGUGAAAAUCAAAAAAUUGCACUGUACGCGUCAGUUGCAAAAAGGAAAGCUGUUAAAUUUAAAACGUCAUGUAACACGGUUUGUGUUAAUGCAGGACGUAUAGAAUAUUUAGGUAUUAUAUUAUCUAAGAAUAAUCCGUACACUGAAGUCAUCAAUUUUCAUUUGCAGAAAUUCUUUAACAAUGGAAUGAUGAAUCGCUUAAAAGAUAUAACAUUAAAAAAGGAAUUGAAUUUUAUAUUGAAACACGAAUCGGUUGAUUUAACCAGCGUUAUAUCGCUCAUUUUCUUCAUUCUAAUUGGUACAAUCACAAAAUAUAGAAAUAUCUGUAAGCAUAUCUAUGCUUUUGUAAUAUUUAGCACAGUUUUAAAAUUUUAUAUAGUAUCUCUUCGAUUAAGAUUAAACGCGUGGACUUGUGUAUUACAGAUUUUCUUUAUUCGUCGAUUGCACAUCGAUUGUACACAUAUUUUAAUUCUUUUGGAAGAAUGUCGAUUUUUAAUCGACGAAAACUUGUUUAAGGUAGCAGUUAUCGUUUAA